GAUCUGCUGAAUGACGAAUUGAAGGGCGACGUUCACCUGUGUCCAGUGCGCGGGUGCGUCCAUGUCAUUUUGAAAAAGUUGGCAGUGCAAAGGUUACGCGGAAUUCGGAGUGCGUCGAGUGGAGUGCGCCUUUUAAUUGUGAUCUGAAGGGCAAAGGACAUGAGCAACCAAUCAUAACAGACCAAGAGACGCUGUCAAGGACCCUUCCCUUUGUGGACUGCUCUGGCACCAUUAACUUCAAUAUGUUAUUAUCAAAGAGGACAAAAGGAUAAGUCGCGGCGGCACAUGCGUCUUCAACGAAACGUCAUCUAGGCUAUUUCUCAGAGACACCGCUGUGGAUAGGCUACGCAGUGUCAUGAAAUGUGCGUUCGGCACCGUAGCCGAUGUGAUUUAAGACAUUAGUGUUGGAUCGCAAAUAAGGGCUUUUUGUCCUUUUUAAACGUUUUUAGAGUCAAGGAUACAAUAUCGCAAAAUAUCUUAUCGGGACUAUAAAUGGACCUGUAGUCACGCUACUACUGACGCUCAACCACGGACCGUUUCAUGGGUUUCUGGCCAACAAUGGGCGAAUGUAACCGGUUUACAUACCCGAACCUCUGGCUUUGGAAUAUUGGGGGCCAUCAUUCAAAGUUCACACAACUCUCAGUAAAAUAGAUGCAACCAAACUGUAUUGAAUUGAACGUGAACGACUGAGAUUUAUUAAAUUAGGCUAUUUGUCAAUAUGCAGGCAUCAUAUGUGUGCGCUUGAUUGCCAAGAAUGAUUAGGCCGAUUGAUGGCAUUGGAUUAUAAAUUGUUAUAUUGUAGCCAAAUACAUUGUGCAAUUGUUGAUGAAUUAAGUUAGUUUCAAGCCACUCAUUUGAGUGUUCGCCUACUCAUUUGCUAUAGACGGAUUCAUAAUUACUUAUUUGUAUAAAUUAAUAUAUUUCACGUUCUUAACGGGAAGGGAAUGCCACCCCGGCUGUCAAUCCAUAACAUGGAACCUAAGGACUACAGAUUGAAUAUUGAUUGAGUGGAGAGAAAAGACAAAAGAAAAUCAACAAUUCAUUGACGGAAAAUUUGGUUUUUUGGAGUUCUGCACAAUGGGGAUUAUGCUUCAAGUUAUUCUAGGAAUGUUUCAGUUCCUCUUGCUCUCCAGAAUACCCAUGUCCCAUGCUAAGCUAGCCCACUGGAGACCUGCGGACACCACCCCCAAAUCUAGAGAAGUGCGUCGGUGGUUGGAGGUGUACUCUCGGACUGGUUGUGAGCCCAGGGAUACCCUGGUGGAGGUGUGGCGGGAGUUGCCGGGAGAGACGCAUCACCUCUUCGUGCCUUCCUGUGUGUCGGUCCACCGCUGUGGUGGGUGCUGCUCCGACGAGGCACUGGAGUGUGUGCCCUCACUCACACACUCUAUCACCAUGGAGCUAAUGAAGACCUCCUUUAUGAAGCAUGAGCUCAUUCAGCUGGACUUCGUUGAGCACAGCCAGUGUGAGUGCAGACUAAAAGAGAAUCUUCAAUCAGCCCCUACCAGGCCUGCAAAGCCUCUGAGGAAAGACAGGAAAAGGGAGAGAGGGAAAUCCAAACGAAAGAAAAGUGGAACUAUACCCUCCUCUCCCCCGACUACGCCCUCUCCUCCCCCGACCACCCCGUCUCCCUUGCCAGGCCCUCGAUGUACCCCCUGUCCUGGGAGGAAGUGGACACUCGAUUUGCAUUUGUGUCGGUGUCGCUGCAACGUGACCGCUGAGAACUGCAGCCAGAAAGGGAGGAGACUCAACCAGCACCUCUGCAGAUGUGAGGCCAGGAGCCGGUGAUGCUCUUUCUGUCCGCUGGUUCCAGACUCACUCUCAUCCAUGCUCACCCACUCUCAUCCAUGCUUACCCACUCUCAUCCAUGCUCACCCACUCUCAUCCAUGCUCACCCACUUUCAUCCAUGCUUACCCACUCUCAUCCAUGCUCACCCACUUUCAUCCAUGCUCAGCAGAAGUCUGGGGAACAAAGAGGAGUGGAAGAUGUACCCCUAACUCUCCUCUUCCUUGUCCUCCAGAAACACCAAGUCAGUGCAGUAUUACAACGUAAAUAUAUGUACCUGUGUGUAGAGCUGUAUAUGUGCAGUCAGUUUCAUCACACAGCUUCUUCAGGCGCUUAGCUGCUAUCGUCCAAUCAACAUGUAUGUAACACUCUCUCCUUCACAAGAGUAAAUGAUGGGACCAAAUGUAAAGCACAGUUUAGAUGUCUGGUAACAUGAGGGCGAUGUGAGGUAGUGGGUCGCCAGGACGUUAGUUGUGGACCAGACAGAAUUCAACACUCACACCUCCAAUGCUGUAUGGGACAUUGGGACUUUGGACAUGAAGAGGAUUUGAAGACUGAUCACAGAUCAGAUUUAACAGACACGUUCAUGUUGAAUUUUGUUGUCUUCAUAGACACGGUGGGUCAGUUUUGCCCAUGAACUGCUGUUGGACUGUUUUGCAGAAAGACAAUGGCAACAGACAUAAUGAUCCUGAUAUUGAUACGUGUGUUAUAUUUUGUGUACAGGGAGACCCCGAUAGGAGAAUGAUUCCAGGGUCAAGUCAUUAAAGUGCAUUAAGGAUAUAGAAUAGUGAAUGGACACACACACACACACAUGUACACACACGCAUGCACCAGCUAUUUGUUGUGUGUAUAAAGCCAUCAGGGAUACCCAAUGGACCUAUAGCUAAGUGAGUUGAAUAGCUGCAUAGGCUGUAUCUGUGUGGUCUACACACUGAAUGGCACAGAUGGGUUACCCUGCCACAGUUAGUCUCUCUCAUCCACAGCAUAUGGUCACAGGCUGGGGUUUCGCAGGCUGGAUCACUGAGGGGUUUCACAAGCUGGAUCACUGAGGGGCUUCACAGGCUGGAUCACUGAGGGGCUUCACAGGCUGGAUCACUGAGGGGCUUCACAGGCUGGAUCACUGAGGGGCUUCACAGGCUGGAUCACUGAGGGGCUUCACAGGCUGGAUCACUGAGGGGUUUCACAGGCUGGAUCACUGAGGGGUUUCGCAGGCUGGAUCACUGAGGGGUUUCGCAGGCUGGAUCACUGAGGGGUUUCACAGGCUGGAUCACUGAGGGGUUUCACAGGCUGGAUCACUGAGGGGUUUCACAGGCUGGAUCACUGAGGGGUUUCACAGGCUGGAUCACUGAGGGGUUUCACAGGCUGGAUCACUGAGGGGUUUCACAGGCUGGAUCACUGAGGGGUGUUCUGUCAUCUGUUUGAUUUGGUUUUUGUCUCCAUCUCUCCGCUCCGGAGUGAAAGAGCUGUUCACGCCGACAGGGCAGUGAGGGGAAUGACAAUGAUGAGGCUUGGCUAUGGUCCAAGGGUUCACACACACACAUACACACACUUCUGAUUAGAAAUGAAUGCAAUAUAAGAGUCUAAAGAAGUCCAAAUGUUUGUUCUGUUUAAUUGUCUUUGUAUAAGUUGUUAUAUUUUGGCAUCAUUUUGUCCAGUUGACUUAUUAGAUGUUGUAUAUUGUGGAAUGUUUCUUUUGUUUUGUUUUUAUUUGUCCAAAAUCCGUCUACAUAAAGAGUCCCUCUGGGUGGCCGACUAACACCACUAUGUAGACAGGAGGCAUUUAAACAUAUGUAGAAUUUUAAACAGGGAGAGAUUUCUCAAUGGCCACAAAAUAGGACCCAAUAUACAUUCUAAUGGGUAACUAAAAUAAUCACCAGAAAAAUAAUGUCUAGCAAAUACCUAUUCCUGCUGCAGUAAAAAUCAACCAUUUAGUUCUCUCUCUGUGUGGGAUGAGUAGAGCUGUGGGGUUAGGAUACAGCUACAAUAUUGGUUAGAACCCCAUUCAACACUGAAAAUAGUUAUUUUCUACUUAACAUUGUUCAAGCUUCCAAUCUGUACCUCUUCUUAGCAGUUCUAGAACCCCCCUAAUGUAAUUCCUGACCCUGUGUCACAUUCCAAGUGUUAUUCCACUGACAUUCCUUUUUAUAUGGUCCUUUUAUUUCCAACUCAGUCUGAAAAGUCUCUUUUCACUAAGCAAUAAGUAUGGUUUCUGAUUCAGAGACUGAGAUGAGCAUAUGAGUAUUUUAGCUGAAGUUGUAGCAGAUUCCUCUCCAAAAUAUGAGAACUCGGACAACAUAUCAGCGAUUCCUCUGAACUCUGCCUGUUAACAGAUAUAUAGCUGAGGGAUUUGUGAGCUGUAUGUGAAAAGUGUGUUUGAAUUCAGGCUCUGACGUUGGUCCUGUGAGGGCAGUCAGACCAGACACAGCUCUACUGAAUUUGCCUCCCGUCCCUAUAGCUGGAAGCAUCUGUGAGCUCCUCUCCUCUGAAUGGUGGCCAAUGAAUGCCAACCCAAAACCCCUGAGGUAUAUUUUGCAAAGCGUCAUUGUCUAGCUGUGUGUUGGUCCACAGGAAACUUGCCAGUUACAGAAAGACACUUCUAGAAGGGACUAAAUGCUCUAUUCAAGCAGCAGUAUACUACCCAUGUCCAUGACAUAGCCAAAAUGAAUGUGCUAGUUGCUCCUCUUGUCUGUACGCACCUAGUCUUCCCUCAACCACCUUGUUGUAGACCCAUGAGUUUGACAAAGCGAGUCUAGCACUUACCCUAUAUACUGUAGACUGUCCAGGUAGACCUAUUCUAGCCCCCAUGGUCUUAUACUCAGCUAUAGCAGGCAGACCCUGACUAAACAUACAUAACAAUAUCUUAUGUCUUAUAACCAACCACCAUCUUGUGUAUGAUGUAGAGCAUACUUUAGAAUGUCUUGUAAUUCAUUCCAAAUAUACUCCCAUGUUAGACUUUACAAUUACAAAUACGUUGUGAUGUGUAUAUCACUGAUACUAUUUAUGCUGCUACACCUUUUGUGCCCAAUCUGAUGUAGUGUGCAACUGUCUGUACCAUGCAGAGUAGGCCUAUAUUAUGUCUGAUUAAUCAACUGUCUGUACCAUGCAGAGUAGGCCUAUAUUAUGUCUGAUUAAUCAACUGUCUGUACCAUGCAGAGUAGGCCUAUAUUAUGUCUGAUUAAUCAACUGUCUGCACCAUGCAGAGUAGGCCUAUAUUAUGUCUGAUUAAUCAACUGUCUGUACCAUGCAGAGUAGGCCUAUAUUAUGUCUGAUUAAUCAACUGUCUGCACCAUGCAGAGUAGGCCUAUAUUAUGUCUGAUUAAUCAACUGUCUGUACCAUGCAGAGUAGGCCUAUAUAUUGUCUGAUUAAUCUACUGUCUGUACCAUGCAGAGUAGGCCUAUAUUAUGUCUGAUUAAUCAACUGUCUGUACCAUGCAGAGUAGGCCUAUAUAUUGUCUGAUUAAUCAACUCGGUGUUUAUGUAAACAAAGCAUACUGUCCUAAUUGAAGAUGUUAAUACUACACAACCAUGAUACAAUGUUGCAGAUAUUAUUAAAUGAAACGUGUUAUUUUUCGUAAAA